AUCUGUAAGAGUCUAGAGAGGGGUGGGCUUCUCUGGUGGCUUUACUGGGUGUUUGGCAAUUGCUUUUUUCCCCCCUCUUUUCCUGAGAUUGUAGCUCAUUGAAAUGAACUAGAGCAUUGUAUGUGUUUGCGAGGAAAAAGCGGGCAGACCUGACACAGGAACUGUUUUUGAUCUGUCAGUGGCGUAAUGUAGAUUUAAGCUAUCAGUAGUAACGACAGCAAAUAAAGAAGGCCUCUUUUGUAUAAAAAAAAAAAAUCUGCAAGAUCUUGAGAAGAAUAAAGACAGGGUUCCUGCUUUCAUGGUUUGAUAAUAACCAUGUCAUCUUGCUUUUAGUAAAUGCCCCAGUAUGUGUCAGGGCGCAAGUUCUUGAAAAGGGAGUUUGACCACACGUUUGGGUGCCUCUCUGUGCCGUGCUGUGUAGAGCAGAUGUUUAUUCUGUGCUAAAGGGGAAACUCUUUCUGCUAAGCUUGUACAAACAUGAAAGGAGUCAGGGCUCAGAUGAUCUUUGUAGUUUUAUAUGCAUGUUCAUGAUCUCUUAAAAAAUUGGUUGAAGGUCUUUUUCAAACCUCUGUGAAUAUAUAUGUAUGCCCAUGCCCAUGCAUACAUAUGUAAAUGUAUAUUCAUAUGUACAUGUAAUUUCCCACAGUAUAUAUUUGUAAAUUGAUUAGUAAUUUUUAGAGGCUGUGUUAAAUUUCUUCAAAUAAGUGCAGUAGUUUAAUACUCGUGUCAGUUAGAGAGGUGGCUUGCCUGCGCUGUAAAUUACCAUUUCCGCACUUUUCAUUCUGUCUGCUUUAAAAAAGCUUCCCAGAGACCGGGAUCCUAUUGGGCCCAUCCUAGGGCUACAGUAAUUGCCUGAUGACAACUGAAAAUGAUAGAAUAAUUGUCAAGAGAGACAUUUUUAAUGGGCAAGGUGAUUUAAGUAUGCAUGAACAAGCUAUGAGGGGAGACGGGCUUGUUUAUGAUGCAAGCCAGUAUAAACACAGUCAGAGGAUGACACGGUUAGCUGCACUUUUCCCACUGACAUGAGCAAGUUCUCACUGCAAACACCAACAGCUUUUUCCUCCGACCAGUUUGACACUCUUCAUCUUCAGGUAUUAAGUCAUGAUGCAGGAAUCUGCGACAGAGACAAUAAGCAACAGUUCAAUGAAUCAAAAUGGAAUGAGCACUCUAAGCAGCCAAUUAGAUGCUGGCAGCAGAGAUGGGAGAUCAAGUGGUGACACCAGCUCAGAAGUAAGCACAGUGGAGCUGCUGCAUCUUCAACAACAGCAGGCUCUCCAGGCAGCAAGACAACUUUUGUUACAGCAACAAACAAGUGGACUGAAGUCUCCUAAGAGCAGUGAUAAACAGAGGCCACUGCAGGUGCCUGUGUCGGUGGCCAUGAUGACCCCCCAGGUGAUCACCCCUCAGCAGAUGCAGCAGAUCCUUCAGCAGCAGGUCCUGUCCCCUCAGCAGCUGCAGGCCCUCCUCCAGCAGCAGCAGGCAGUGAUGCUGCAGCAGCAACAACUACAAGAGUUUUACAAGAAACAGCAAGAGCAGUUACAUCUUCAGCUUUUGCAGCAGCAGCAGCAGCAACAGCAGCAGCAGCAACAGCAGCAGCAACAGCAGCAGCAGCAGCAGCAGCAACAGCAGCAACAGCAGCAGCAGCAACAACAGCAGCAGCAGCAGCAGCAGCAACAGCAGCAUCCUGGAAAGCAAGCAAAAGAGCAACAGCAGCAGCAACAGCAGCAGCAGCAGCAACAGCAGCAGCAGCAGUUGGCCGCGCAGCAGCUUGUCUUCCAGCAGCAGCUUCUCCAAAUGCAGCAACUGCAGCAGCAGCAACAUCUGCUCAGCCUUCAGCGCCAGGGCCUCAUCUCCAUCCCACCCGGCCAAGCGGCCCUCCCUGUCCAGUCACUGCCGCAAGCUGGCUUAAGUCCUGCUGAGAUUCAGCAGCUAUGGAAAGAAGUGACUGGAGUCCACAGUAUGGAAGACAACGGCAUUAAACAUGGAGGGCUAGACCUCACAACUAACAAUUCCUCCUCGACUACCUCCUCCACCACUUCCAAAGCAUCACCACCAAUAACACAUCAUUCCAUAGUGAAUGGACAGGCGUCAGUGCUGAAUGCCAGGCGAGACAGCUCAUCCCAUGAGGAGACUGGGGCCUCCCACACUCUCUAUGGCCAUGGAGUUUGCAAGUGGCCAGGCUGUGAAAGCAUAUGUGAAGAUUUUGGACAGUUUUUGAAGCACCUUAACAGUGAGCAUGCAUUGGAUGACCGAAGCACUGCCCAAUGUCGAGUGCAAAUGCAGGUGGUACAGCAGUUAGAAAUACAGCUUUCUAAAGAACGCGAACGUCUUCAAGCAAUGAUGACCCACUUGCACAUGCGACCCUCAGAGCCCAAACCAUCUCCCAAACCUCUAAAUCUGGUGUCUAGUGUCACCAUGUCGAAGAACAUGUUGGAGACAUCCCCACAGAGCUUACCUCAAACCCCUACCACACCAACGGCCCCCGUCACCCCGAUUACCCAGGGACCCUCAGUAAUCACCCCAGCCAGUGUGCCCAAUGUGGGAGCCAUACGAAGGCGACAUUCAGACAAAUACAACAUCCCCAUGUCAUCAGAGAUUGCCCCAAACUACGAAUUUUAUAAAAAUGCAGAUGUCAGACCUCCGUUUACUUAUGCAACUCUCAUAAGGCAGGCUAUCAUGGAAUCAUCUGACAGGCAGUUAACACUUAAUGAAAUUUACAGCUGGUUUACACGGACAUUUGCUUACUUCCGGCGGAAUGCUGCAACUUGGAAGAAUGCAGUACGUCAUAAUCUUAGCCUGCACAAAUGUUUUGUUCGAGUAGAAAAUGUUAAAGGAGCAGUGUGGACUGUGGAUGAAGUAGAAUACCAGAAGCGAAGGUCACAAAAGAUAACAGGAAGUCCAACUUUAGUAAAAAAUAUACCUACAAGUUUGGGCUAUGGAGCAGCUCUUAAUGCCAGUCUGCAGGCUGCCUUGGCAGAGAGCAGUUUGCCUUUGCUAAGUAACCCUGGACUAAUCAACAACGCCUCCAGUGGCCUCCUGCAGGCUGUCCAUGAAGACCUCAAUGGUUCCCUGGACCACAUCGACAGCAACGGGAACAGCAGUCCGGGCUGCUCACCUCAGCCACACAUACAUUCAAUCCACGUCAAGGAAGAGCCCGUGAUUGCCGAGGAUGAAGACUGUCCAAUGUCUUUAGUGACAACCGCCAAUCACAGUCCGGAGUUAGAAGAUGACAGAGAGAUUGAAGAAGAGCCUUUAUCUGAAGAGCUGGAAUGAGAAUGCACUUGUGACACCUCAAUGUGAAGGGACAUGUCACUGACCUUCAUAACCACUCCACAACCAUGAAUAUUUGACAAAUUUUUACUGUGACUAUUUAUUGAGCAUGGAUAAAGGAGACAGCCCUAAAGGAACUUUCUAAGACAGCCCUUUGGGAUUCAGAACCAACAGGCAAAUUGCUUGUUUUCUUCUCUCUCUGUCUUUAUUUUACUUUUUUUGCUUUAUUUUACUUUCCUUUUCUUUCUUUCUUUCUUUCUUUUUUU